GUCCUGGAGGAAGAGCGGCGCAGGCAGAGGGAGGCUGGGUUGGCAGGGAUGGGGACUGAGGUCCCUUAGCCCCCAAGGAGCCUCCUUCAUGGACCCCGGGAUCCCAAGAGGGGCUGCCUCGACUUAGGAUGGGCAACUGUGUGAAGUCUCCACUGAGAAACCUCUCGAGGAAGAUGCGCCAGGAGGAACAGACCAGCUACAUGGUGGUGCAGACGAGCGAGGAGGGGCUGGCGGCUGGCGCUGAGCUCCCCGGACCGCUCCUGAUGCUGGCUCAGAACUGCGCCGUCAUGCACAACCUGCUGGGCCCUGCCUGCAUUUUCCUGCGCAAGGGCUUCGCUGAGAACAGGCGGCCUGACAGAUCACUGCGACCAGAGGAGAUUGAAGAGCUUCGAGAGGCAUUCAGGGAAUUCGACAAGGACAAGGACGGCUACAUCAACUGCCGGGACCUGGGCAACUGCAUGCGCACAAUGGGCUACAUGCCCACCGAGAUGGAGCUCAUUGAACUGUCCCAGCAGAUCAACAUGAACCUGGGUGGCCAUGUGGAUUUUGAUGACUUUGUGGAGCUCAUGGGGCCUAAACUCCUGGCAGAGACAGCAGAUAUGAUCGGAGUAAAGGAACUGCGAGAUGCUUUCCGAGAGUUUGACACCAAUGGUGAUGGGGAGAUAAGCACCAGUGAGCUGCGAGAGGCCAUGAGGAAGCUCCUGGGUCACCAGGUGGGACACCGAGACAUAGAGGAAAUUAUCCGAGAUGUGGACCUCAAUGGGGAUGGGCGAGUGGACUUUGAAGAGUUUGUCCGGAUGAUGUCCCGCUGAGGCCGCAAGGGCCCCUCCAGGACUGCCAAGCUCCCACAGGCGGGAGAAGAGGAGCCGGGGCUCGCCUCACCCGCCGCAGCCGCCGAGAGCCCAGGAUGCACUAGUGGACGGGGCCUGCCUGCACCCCGGGGCGGUGCCCACCCCGGACCCCCACCCCUCCGCACUGUGAAAGACUAACUCCUGCAACUGGAAAGAGGGGCGCCCGCCGACGAGGAGGCCGCAGUGCCAAGCCGGCAGAGGUCAUGCCAGGCGCCAAGUGCCAUGUACCCAGCUGCUGCUGGCUGGGUGGGCCAGGGAGCCCGCCAGCAGACCCCACACAGCAUGUCCGCCCCAGGGCAAAGCCUCUUGCCGCCCUCCUUAGCUCUGUGCCCGUCCCAGCUCGCCUCAGCCCUGAUAUCUCAGAACCAAUAAAGAUAUUUCCAAGAG